UUUAGGUUUAGCUUAUGUUAUGCUCGGCGAGCUAGCUGAGCGUGUCGUUUCGCGAAUGUUUGUGACGGUCGACGAAAGCAGUCAAUAUCCUUCUACAUCGGGGCUAUAACAAUCUUUCAAAAUGGUGGUGGGCAGGACAUCAAAGAUGGUACAGUACAUCAACUACAGGAUGAGGGUCAACCUGCAGGAUGGACGCACAUUCAUUGGUACAUUCCUUGCCUUUGACAAACACAUGAACAUUGUUCUUGGUGACUGUGAAGAGUUCAGAAAGCUUAGAGCCAAGAGUGCCAAGGCCCCUGCCAAAGAGGAGAAGAGAGUACUUGGCCUGGUCCUGCUUCGAGGAGAACAUCUCGUUUCCAUGACAGUAGAAGGACCAGCAAAAGACUCAGGUCCAAGAGUACCUAUGCCUGGUGGUGGAGGUGGACCUGGUAUGGCCCGUGCCGCUGGACGUGGUAUCCCAGCAGCUUCUGCCUCGAUGUCAGCACCAGCAGGACUGUCUGGACCCGUCAGGGGGGUCGGCGGCCCAUCACAAUCACACAUGGCUCCUAUGGGUGGACCAGGAGGCUUCCCACCAAGGGGACCACCAAGAGGACCUCCAGGUAUGGGACCACCUGGCAUGGGACCGCCCGGUAUGGGACCACCAGGAGGAUUCCGAGGAGGGCCACCUAUGGGACGAGGAAUGCCCCCAAUGGGGGGUAUGGGACCGCCCCCUGGCAUGAGAGGUCCACCAAGGAAUUAGUGUUGAACAUCAUCAAUGUUUUGUAAAUAGUUUAAUAUCCUGUGUGAGAGAGCGCCAUCCAGUUCAGAAGGGAUGAUUGUUUUUUAUUCGAGGAAGACAUCGGCUCCAGCGUAAUAUUGCUGCAACGGAUUGGGCUCUUAGGGGGUGUUGGAUGAAAUUUUCUAUCAUCACUUUAGGUACAGUACAGUGCAUAUUUACAAUUGAUGGCUGACCUUGCAAUUGAUCUAUCAAUUACUUUUUUUUGUAAUUGAUAUUUACAAUUGCUCGCAAAUAUUUUUGUCAACACCCCCAAGACAUCUAGGGCCCUUUUCAUAAAGAGUUGCAACUUUUGCCAUUAUGGCAACUACCAUGGUAACCUUGAUUUUGAUUGGCUGCUGAGCCCUGUUACCAUGGUAGUUGCCAUAAUGGCAAAGUUACAACAGUUAUAACUCUUUAUGAAACAGGCUCCUAGUCUAUUUCGUUGGUUGUUCAGCAAAGUCUAAAAUUAGAUUAUGUCCAAAUAUGAAGUACAAGAUACCUUGAUUAUGUUAUGAAAGGAAAAUGAAUAUUUUGACAAGAUAUUCUAAAUUGACAUACAUUUUCUUCGAGAGCUGUUACUAAGCUUAUACAUGUUGAAUACAGUACCCAGCAUUACUAGUAAGCAUUUUGAUGUUCUCGGGGCAUCCAUGUAUUUGGAACAAAUCUAAUUUAAUUAGAAUUUUUCUCGACCAGAGGGGGGUAUAAGGUGCUUGUUAUAUUUCAUUGAAUUUCUGUUCUUGUAAGAUUUAUUUUCUUUUUAACACCUAUGUGAAGCAUUCCUUUGUAUUCUUAACUGUGUUGAAGCUUUUAAAUUUACAAAUGACCUCAAACUCAAAUUUUCUUUGGAAGUGGGAGGCAGCAACAGAAAUAGCUCUAGAUUACAUACACAUGCCAAAUUAAUAAUAGAUUGGAUUAUGUUCAUAAAAUUAAAUCUCUUAAGAUUGGUAGUCAAAAUCAGUGUAUUAUUGAAUUAUUUUUUUAUUGGACCUUCUUAUAGGACAGUGUUUUUUAUGGCAUUUUGGAUGAUAGAUGAAUGGUGCAUUAUGUCCAUUUUUUUCAAAAAUUUCAUAAUGGAGAAGCCAAUUGUUCGUGUUUUUCAGUACAUUGUCAUAUUCUGUCAAACACCCCCCCCCCCAUGUCUAUGGCAGCAAGAUGACUAAAACCAGUAUCCUAUCAGCAGCAAGCUGGUUUGAGUUUUUUAGUGGCAGUACUGAAUUGGCAUCUGUGUUAUAACAAACAUUAUGUAUUUUGACAAAUCAGAGAAUAUGUUUUCAUCUUCAAAGAACUGUCAAGACCGAUUGAAAUUGCUGGAGAGUACCCUUGUAAAUGUUCCUGAUGUUUUGUACAUGUCACCUGUCGGGUAUAUUUGUCAUUGCAUCAAGAUUUCUUUUGUAUAAUAAACGAUUUUCAUGAUAUAA